AGAGCAGCGCCCCGCCGCCGCGUCCGUCAGCUCGCGCGCUCGAAGUAUAGUAGUGUCCGCGGCGUCCGCGUGUGCGUGUGUGUGUCCGUGCCAAGUGGUUUACUGCCCGGAUACUGCCAGCCCGCGUACCUUGCCCUCAUGGUGCGGGGAGGAUGAGGCCACGCAGGAGGCAGCCUCGGCGCCGAGCCCCGUAGACAGACCGCCACCACUGGAUCCUGGUCGCGGCCGCGCAGCGCCGCCGCCACCAUGUCGUCCGCCAUGGACUCGCUCAUGAGCACGGUGGACACCAUCACCAGCGCCGACUCGGACGCGCCCUGCACGGCAUGCACCUCGCCGGUGGAGACGCCGGUCGGCUUCGUGGCCAAGUCGCCGCCGUCCUCCCCGAAGGACGGCAAGCUGGCGUCCAGCGGCGUCACCACGACGUCGGCAGCCUUGGCCCUGCCGCCAGGGCCCCCCGGCAGCCACCCGAGCAGCAGCCCGCCCGGCACCACCUCGUCGUUGCUGACAACCUCCUCCUCCAAGCACCUCGUCCAGUCUAGUCCAACCAACACGGCCUCCUCGCUCAAGACACGCUCCCUGGACGGCCUGCUGCUCGGCCCGGCCCCGGUCCAGGGCGCCCCGCACCACCGCGGCCUCGACGCCACGUCCACCACCACGACGGUCUCGGACGUGUCCUCGGGACGCGGGGGUCGCGGCAGCACCAGCGACGAGAACGCCUUCCUCUUCCUGGGCUGCGUCCAAGCGCUGCUCGGCAUCCUCAUGGUCGUGUUCGGCGUCCUCGCCAUGCUGCACCGGGCCUCCAUGGCGAGCGUGGGCGCCGGCGUCUGGGGCGGCGCCAUCAGUUUUGUGUCUGGAGUGGCCGGGGUGAUCGCGGGCCUGCGCAGCUGCUACUCCAGCUCGGUGCGCGGCGGCUCGGGCUCGGGCCGGCCGCCCAUCGCACCCACCGUCUUCAUGGCGCUGUCGCUCGUCGCGCUGGCCGUCUCCAACCUGGUGCUCGUCCUGGCCGCCAUCGGGCUCGUCCGGGAUGCGCGCACCCCAGACAUCCAGCUGUUGCGGGAAGAGGAGGACGCCGAGGAGGAGGAGCCCCGGUCCAGCCCCGGCUCCAGCCACUGGGAGCGCGUGCUGGCCUCGUGCGGACUGCUCCUGGCCGCGGGGCUGCAGCUCCUGGCCGCCAUCGCCAGCGGCUACCGCUGCUACCGGCUCGUGUGCCCGUGUGCCGCCCGGACGUCGCGGAAGCACUCGCCGCUCUACAACCAGAGGAGCUCGGGUGGCUCCCCGGACUCGCUGCACUCCGUGUCGGGGCUCUACUCGAGCGGCUCCAAGGAGCGCCUGGUGAGCCGCUGGCUGACGCGCCAGGUGCCCAACGGCCCGCUCUACACGGGCUCGCCCACCCCUAGCGGCCUGCUGCUCUUCUCCACCCAGCCGCCACCGCCGGCGGGGAGAGACGGUCGCACUCCCGGAUUCACAGCCAUCAGUCCGGGUCACCACGCGCAGACCGUGUACACCCUGACGCAGCCGCCGUCCCCCGGGCCGCCCUUCAUGGCAACGGGGGUGCCGACGUACCCCGGAGGCAUGUCGUACUACCCGCACUACAUGGGCCCCGUGGUGGGCCCCGUCGGCCACCCUCGCGCCCGGUACCACCAGCACCACCGACAGCACCGCCAACAGCACCAGGUGCCCACGCUGCCUUCCGACGAGCGGCUGCGCAGGGAGCGGCGACACCGCGGCGAGAAGGACGCCGACAAGCCGCGCGCCAAGCCCAAGCCCAAGGCCGUGACGGAGGCCGACGUGGCCAGGACCUACACCGGCCUGGACCGGCGCAUCGCCGAGGAGUUCAUCAUGGCCAUGGACAGCAGGCAGGCCGCCGGGGUCCGUGACGCGGCCGAGGCUGCGAGGGUCGACUGAGACGUGGCUCAAACACAGACUCUGGUGGAUGAUAGUGGGGCACGGCACCGUUCUAUUCAUCGAAGGGUGUUAUUGGGACCAGCAUGUUCAUAAAAACCAGGGGAAGACCCUGGAUUGCUGUAUCUUCUGGUAAAGUCCUCUAGUAUAAGUAAGUUUGACAAUAAGACUGCCCGGUUUAACGAUGCACUGCCUACGCGCAGAUUUGAACAAACCUUAUUACCGUUACGUCCUCUUUCUUAUACCGUUCUUAUGAAAGAAUUUUUUACAAAGGACACAUGUAAGAGUGAAGAUGUAAAGUUACUAGGUUUAGAAUGGUGUAAACUUAAAACACCCUGAUACCAUUAUAUUUUAGUUAUUUUGUGUGCCAUGUCACGGAAGAAGAAAUGAUAUUUUCACCAAAACUGUCUUUGAACACAAUUUGUAUCAGAACUUUGAUUUUAAUUCCUUAACAGUAUGGAAUGAAGCAAAUAAUUUUCUUCUUUCAUUCCAUAUGAAAAUAAUUUUCUUGUGAUAUACAUCCAGAGUUGUAAAUGUUAAUGAUUUUCCUUGUGCUCAACAGAGGCUACAUUAUUAUUAUAUACCACCCCAUAUUUAUGUAACAAAUACCUAAAUUAUGCGACUUGUGAACAGUACCACACACAAUGCUCAAAAAUUUGAGGUACUGAAAAUCAUGUCACAAGGUCUGUGAAAUAUGUAAAAUAGAGGAAAGUGGAGAAUUCUUCAAAAAUAUUGAUAAUGAGGUGAUAAUAAGAACUACAAUAACCACAUUUCCAUACAGUCAUUGCUUUAAUGUAAUAACAAUUGUGAGUAAAAAACAAACAGUUCUUGGCAUGUAUGCCCUGUUACACAUAAGAUUAUACACAUCUGAAUCAAUUAAAAGUGGCUAUACUGAUGUAUGUACAAUUUGUAACAUACUCUGUAAAGAAAAUUUGUAAUAAAUCACUAUUUUGUAUUUAA